AUAUAUAUAUAUAUCCAUCCAUAUUUCAUUCUCAAUGGAUCCAGAAGAAAUUUAUGAAGAAUCCAUGAUACCAAGAUUAACAGCACUAGAAGGCACGAGAAUAGCAGAAUACCCCGGCACGGGAAGAGCCAUGCUUGAAAUUGAGCUGAUAGAGAAAUGCCUUACGGUGACUUACGUCGACGGUGAAAUCCUCCUCGACCGCGAAUGAGAUACCCGCCAAUCUCAUUUCCCCCAACUCUCACUCGGACAACUCACCGAAUCGUACAUGCUCAGACCUAUUCUCUACGACAGUCCAUCCAUUGCGACAUCUUAAUGUACAGUGAUUUGGAUAUAUUGGCUGAAGAUAUUGCAUUCUAUGCACGGGGUUUGUUUUCUUCUCCCGACUCCUCUAAUUAUUUGUCAACGUUGACUUGGACUGGGAAUGGGGCUUACAUCUUCGCACGAGUGGACGCUGCCAGUUGUUUCUACGUCAAGAGGAUGAGCAAGCAGCAGUUGGAUGAUCAUGGUUCUUAUCCCGAUUGUUUGGAAGCCUACUCCGCCGCCGCGGUGGAACUAAUUCAACUACCUUGUCGCCAAGUCUUCCAUGAACAUUGCAUACUUUCUUGGUUGAAGAACGCAGCGACAUGUCCCAUCUGUCGCCGCCAGCAUCCACAACCACUGCAUACUCUCUUGGUAGAAGAAAGCCGCCACAUGUCCCAUCUGCCGUCGCCAGCUUCCACGAACACUGCAUAUUCUCUUGGUUGAAGUAGAAGUAGGCCGCCACAGGUCAAAUCUGCCGCGGCCAAUUCUAGGGCUCCACUUGGGUUUUCUCACUCUUUGUAUUGUAAAGAGUAAAAAGGGGAAAGCUUCCCAAAUAAGAA